AUGACGCGUAAGAUACCGUACACAACCGCGUUUGAACAUUUGUCUGGAUCCAAGUCGAUAGCUCAUUUCAGACCUCCGUGGACUCCUGCUAUUUCCCGCUCUUCCAGCACAGCAUAUGCCGUGGAACUCCGUUACGAUUCGUUUCCCAAGGCAACCGGCAAUCUCCAUCAACAGCUGUUAGGAAGCGAUAGUAGGAUCCGUCCUGCGGAUGGCCCCUCCCCCUCCGUCUCGAUGAUGCUCGUCUGCACUGCAGCAGUAGGAUGGGGGGGAUACCAGUACAAGCAAGCCCUCUCGCUCGAGCUCCGGCUCUCAGAACUGCAGCGCAAACACACGCGCCUUGCUGCCAAAGUGACUGAUGACGUCCCCGCUGGCGUCAGCAGGAUCGACCUAAGCAGCAGCAGCAGCAAAUGCGAAGAAGGAGAAGAUGGGGCAGUGGAAGGUACCUGCUCCCCCUUCCCCACAGAACCCUCUGAAGACGACAGGUUCGGGUGGAGAGAGGAGAGACAGGGAGAGCAGGAGAGCAAGAGAGGAGAGGAGAGCAAGCGAAAGCAGAAAGCCAAGGAGACGGAAGAGAAAGAAGACGAGGAGGAGGAGGAGGAGGUGAAGGAGGAUCAGGAGCUAUUCUGGCGCAGGGUGGCGCUCCUAGCAUCUAUCCUCUGCCUCGUCCUCCCUAUCUUCAUCAUCCGUAACAUCGACGAAGUCGCCCUGCUCUUUGGAAGAAGGCCCAAGGCGCCAGACGGGACCAUAACCGUUGCUGCCUCGUCCGCCUCUGCUGCUGCUGCUGCCUCCGCUGCUGCUGCUGCUGCGGCUGCUGGUGGGUCGCCGUCGGCGUCCUCUGUGGUGGACGAGGAGGUGUCGAUGAGCAAGCGGCUGGCGUAUAAGGUCGAUGUGCUCUUCUCCAUGCACUCCUGGGUCAAGGGCGCUGCCCUCCUCGCCGCCACGCUCCUCCUCAUCGCUCUGGGAGGCCUUGCCCUGUACGCCGUCGGAUCGAAAGACCGGAUGGAUCUAGGCGACGCCACGUGGCGGGCGUGGUCCUACGUGGCAGACGCAGGGAACCACGCGGACAGCCAUGGGGUAGGGCCGCGGAUCGUGGGCGUGAGCAUCAGCAUUGGCGGGAUGCUGAUAUUCGCGCUGAUGGUGGGGUUGGUGUCGGAGGGCAUAUCGGAGAAGGUGGACUCGCUGAAGAAAGGCAAGAGCGACGUGAUUGAGAAGAACCACACGCUCAUCCUCGGCUGGAGCGACAAGCUGGCGUCGCUGCUGAAGCAGCUGGCAGUGGCGAAUGAGAGCAUGGGAGGCGGCGUGGUGGUGGUGAUGAGCGAGAGGGAGAAGGAGGAGAUGGAGAGCGAGAUUCAGAAGAUGGAGUUCAACUUCCACGGCACCACUGUCAUCUGCCGCUCCGGCUCGCCCCUGGUACUGGCUGAUCUCAAGAAGGUGUCUGUCUCAACAGCCCGGGCGCUCAUAGUGCUUGCGGAAGCGGAGAACGCGGACGCUGCCGACGCCAGGGCGCUGAGGGUGGUGCUGAGCCUGACGGGCGUGCGGGAGGGGCUUCGAGGGCACAUUGUGGUGGAGCUGAGCGAUAUUGACAACCAGCAGCUGGUGAAGAUGGUGGGGGGGAGCAUGGUGGAGACGGUGGUGGCGCACGACGUGAUCGGGCGGCUCAUGAUUCAGUGCGCCCGCCAGCCCGGCCUCGCCCAGAUCUGGGAGACCCUCCUCGGCUUCGAGAACUGCGAGUUCUACACCAAGCACUGGCCGGAGCUGGUCGGGAAGACCUUUCGGGAGGUGCUUCUGUCUUUCCCUGAUGCGGUGCCGUGCGGUUUGAGGGUUUCUGCACGGACGUAUUAUGAGAAGAGUACUGAGGCGGUGGGGUUUGAGCUGGCUGGGGGGAGCAGUAUUGGUGGGAGUGAGGAUGAGGAGGAGGAGGGGGAGGGGGAGGGGGAGGUGAAGAGGGUGCAUAGGGAGCAGCAUACGCGCCUGUGGCUGAAUCCAGAUGACGAAUAUGUGCUUCAGCCUGAGGACUCUGUCCUGGUGAUAGCUGAGGAUGACGAUUCCUAUACCCCCGGCCCGCUGCCCGUGGUGCAUGACGCCCCGCUGCCUGACAUCGAAACCCCGCCGAAGCUGCCCGAAAAAAUACUGUUCUGCGGCUGGCGGCGCGAUAUUGACGACAUGAUCACGGUGCUAGAGGCGUUCUUGGCGCGGGGAUCGGAGCUGUGGAUAUUCUCAGACGUCCCGGUGGAGGAGAGGGAGGCGCGCCUCAUAGAGGGCGGGCUGAACCCCAGCGAGCUGGAGAACGUGACGCUCGUGCACCGCAUGGGGAAUGCCGUGAUCCGCAGGCAUCUGGAAUUUCUCCCUCUCGAAACCUUUGACUCGAUCCUCAUCCUAGCGGACGAGGGGCUGGAAGACUCCAUCAUCAACUGCGAUUCGCGCUCCCUCGCCACGCUGCUGCUCAUCAGAGACAUCCAGUCCAAGCGCAUGCCGGCGGGCAGCAACGGCCAUCGGCGCAGCAACUCUUCCAUCACGUACCCGCGCCCCACGUCCACGUCCUCGUGGGUGGGGCAGAUGCAGCAGGCGUCGCAGCAGUCCAUCGUCAUCUCGGAAAUCCUCGACUCGCGCACGCGCUCCCUUGUCUCCGUCUCCAAGAUCAGCGAUUAUGUACUCAGCAAUGAGCUGGUUUCCAUGGCUCUAGCGAUGGUGGCGGAGGACAGGGAGGUCAACCGCGUCUUGGAGGAGCUAUUUUCAGAAGAGGGCAACGAGAUGUACAUCCGGCCGGCCGAGCUCUACCUGACAGACGGCGAGGAGCUGUCCUUUUUCGAAGUGGCGGUGAGAGCGCGCCAGCGCAUGGAGAUCAUCAUUGGCUACCGGCUCUUCACUGAGGACGAGGCUGUGCUGAACCCGCCUGACAAGGCCGAGAGACGCACCUGGUCGAUUCAAGACACGUUUAUCGUCCUCUCUUUCAACGAGUAG